AUGCAAGUGAUAGCCCAGGCACACGGGAAUGAGGGAUACCAAGAAACUGGCCCGCGCGGCAGGAUCCCGGACGACGAAGGCCAGAGCCGCGAUGACCACGGCGAUGGGGAAAGCGAGGUCUCGGACGUGGACUCGGACUACCUCGAGCUCAACGCCGAGACGGCCAAGCUCGACGCCAGCAUCGAGGCCUUCCGGGCGGCCCAGCGCAUGGGCAACGACGACGACGACUACACCGGCAUCGGCAUCGGCAGCGGCAUCCGCACCCCGGCGGCUGGCGCUCCGGUGGCGGCGGCGGCAGCCAAGGCGAGCGGCAAACCGGUCCGGAAGGGGGGCAACAGGCGCGGCCCCCGCAAGGCGGCCAAGCCGUCGCCGGACAUCCUGUACCGGCUCUCGCUGGCGACGGAGGCGUACCACGGGCGGCGGUACCAGGAGGCGCACGAGAUGCUGGCCGAGAUCAUCCGCAUCAACGCCGAGACGUUCGACGCCUGGACGCUGCUGUCGACCGUGUUCGAGGAGCAGGGGGACCGGCACGGCGCGCUCAUGUGCCUCGUCGCGGCGGCACACCUGACCCCCAAGGUCGGGCGCAUGUGGAUCAACGCGGCGACGUACGCGCUCGACAGCCUCGACGCGCUCGGCGAGGGCAGCCGUGGCCGUGGCGAGGGCGGGGCCGGGGGCGAGGGUGAGGGUGAUGACCAGGGCGAUGACGGCAACGAGGGCGAGAGGAACGGCCUGCUGCAGACGGCGAUGCAGUGCUACAGCGCGGCGGUGCGGGCCAACCCGGCGGACGUGGCGGCGCGCACGGGCAAGGCCGACGUGCUCAUGACGCUGGGGCACGCCAGCCUGGCGGUGUCGCAGUACCAGCGGGCGCUGCGGCACCGGCCGCUCAACAUCCGGACGGUACGCAACCUGGCCGACGUGGCGCUCGACGCGCGCGACCCGCGCCAGAGCAGCGCCGCGGCCAUGGCGGCGUACCGGCGCGUCAUCGACCACUGCCAGGCCGGCGCCACGACGUCGCUCGAGGAGGGCGACUUUGAGUGGUCCGACCUGCGCAUCUACCUCGAGUUCUUCGCCAUGCUGGAGCGCUGGGCCGACGCCGCGAGGGAGCUCAAGGAGGUCUCCCGCUGGCUGCUCGGCCGAAGGGAGGAGGCGCACCUCUGGGAGGGCGAGGGGGACGACGGCGGCGACCGGCUGCUGAGGGACGACAGGGAGUGGGACGUCCACGACAACAGGCGCAUCUCCGUGCCCGGAUACGAGCCCGCCCGGUUCCCGCUCGAGAGCUACGGUCUCGGCCUCCCCGUGGAUCUGCGCGCGCGACUCUGCGUGUACCGGCUCAAGUUGGGUCAGGAGCAUGAGGCGAUGCUGCAUCUCGAGCUGCUUGACCCCAAGGACGAGCAACCGCAAGACACACCGGCCUUGGAGAGGUUUAGAGAUUUCCCCGACUGCCUGAAGGAUGUCGGAGUCGCCCUGCUGGAGAGGGACCGGCCGGAGGAAGCUAUGGGCUGCUUCGAGCUGUAUCGGAGGAUAGCCGCAGGGAGCGAGGAUGUCCUCGUGGACAGCGACAUGCUUGUCAGUCAGGGGCGCUGCUACCUCACUAUGGGGGACAAGGCCGCGGCGGAGGAGUGCUUCAUCGCCGCGAUAGAGGAGGACGAUGAGAACAUUGAUGCCCGGUUCGAGCUAGCCAAGAUCUACGAGGGCGAGCAGGAGAAGGAAGGCCGCGAGGAGGCCUUCCUACUCGUCAACGAGGCCCUGAACCUGGAGGCCCAGCAUGUCGAGGGCGCCGAUGGAGCGCCGAAGAGGGCGCCCCGGAGACUGGCCCCGCACAUGCCGGGGGAGCUCAGGAGGAGGGAGCGGAUGAUGAAGCCGCGCAAGGAGAGGAGGAGGAUGAGGUACAGGCCCAGGCGGCUGGGCGACUCGGAGGAGAGGAGGAAAUACGACCAGGAGCGGACGGCCGCCUUGAGCGAGAGGUAUCGGCUAUGCCUGAACCUGAAAGAUCGACUGGGCAGCGGGGACACAGAGGCGAUCAGCCCCUGGUUGGAGGCGGCAAAGGAGCUGGUCGACGACUUCAGGUCUUCAAAGGAGUUUUACCCUUGGGACAUGUACGUCCGGUCCCAGGGGUUCGUGACCUACUUUGCAGACCAACAGGCCCCUCCACAUGCCAACUCCAAGCUCAUAGCAAUGGCAGCCCGGCUCCAGCAGAACCUCGCGCCCACAGAAGGGGAGGAACAUUCCGUGGCACCCGUGAUUAUUCGCCACGAGCACCGCGGCAUCCCGUUCAACGAGUGGCUCGACCUCUUCCUCGAGUAUGCCAUCAACCUCGCGUUCACACAACAGGCUCAGGAGUCGUACGAAAUAUGCACGUCGGCCAAGGACUCUGUGGUCUUCAAGUCGAAGGAGAAUGCGUUUCUGAUACACCUUACCCAUGCGACCUGCGCAGUGGUUUCCGGCGACGAGGAGCAGUGCGUGUCGGUGGCGCGGUUCUUCAUGAGGGAGUACACGCACUGCACGGAUUCGUACCGCAUAUUCGCCGCGCUGUGCCGGGUCUGCCAGGCCCCCGUGUCGUGGUACAGCUCCGGGCCGGCUCAGAAGUUCAUCCUUCGACAGAUUAGGCAAAUGGACAGGGCUACGACUGCUUCGGGGCCCGACGGCGACGGCGACGGCACCGGGACCGGGACCGGCAACACCGACCUCGACGUGUGUCUCCUCACUAUAUAUGGGCAUAUCAUGUUUACCACGACCAGCUAUACCUACGCACUGAGCUACUUCAUGCGCGCCGCCUCCAUCGACCCAGACAACCCAAUGAUCAACCUCAGCCUGGGUAUAGCAUACAUCCACUACGCCCUCAAGCGCCAGGCGACGAACCGGCAGUACCUGCUGACGCAGGGCUUCGCCUUCCUGGCCCGGUACCACGGCCCGCGGUCACGUUCGGCGUCGGCGGCCGAGCGGCAGGAGGCGAACUUCAACAUGGGCCGCGCGUACCACAUCGUCGGGCUCGCGCCCCUCGCGGCCGAGUACUACGGCCGCGUGCUGGACGAGGCGCGGUCGGCGCGGGCGGCGGGAGGGGCCAGGGCCGGGACGCUGCUGGCGGGUGGCGGGGGGGAGGAGGAGGAGGAGAUGCUCGUGCUGGAGGCGGCGUAUAAUCUCAAGACUAUCUGCUUUGGUGCUGGGGACCUCGAGGGUGCUAGGGCGGUUACGGAUGAGUGGCUUGUUUUGUGA